AUGGUUGCCUCCAAUAUCGCUCUCCAAGCUAGGCCUUUCAAAGUCCUGGUGGCGGGAGGCUCGUAUGGCGGGCUUGGCGCAGCUUUGAACCUCUUGGAUCUCUGUGCGGGAAGAUUUCCACGGUUUCAGUACAACCCGGUAGGAGAACCUGAGAACAGAAAAAUAACUCUGGAAAUCACGAUUGUCGACGAGCGUGAUGGAUACUUCCAUUUGAUAUCAUCUCCUCUAGCGCUUGCAUCAGGUACAUUUGCACCGAAAGCAUGGAGGAAAUUCAACGACAUUCCUGCGCUCCGGAGCAUCAAGACGAUUCGAGGGACCGUUGAAAGGGUCGACAGCAAAUUGCGGAGAGCAACCAUCGUAGAGGCUGAAAGCGGAUCAUCGCUAGAAGCAACUUAUGACUUCUUCGUCGGUGCUUCCGGGCUGCGAAGAGCCUGGCCAGUUGUACCACAAAGUCUCACAAAGGAGACGUAUUUGAGCGAAGCUCUCAGACACAUCGACUUGGUCAAAUCAGCUAGGCGGGGUGUAGUCGUUGUCGGUGGCGGUGCUGUGGGCAUUGAGAUGGCUGCCGAAAUCAAAUUGGUUAUGCCAACACAACAAGUGACCUUGAUUCAUUCCCGGGAUAAGCUGCUGUCCUCGGAAUCAUUGCCUGAUGAGUUCAAAGAGAGAUCUCGCACCAUUCUAGAGGGGAUGGGGGUUAAAGUUUUGAUGGGACAGCGUGUCCUCGAGACAAUCAAGUCAACGAGUGAGGAUGGUUCUCCAUACUCACAGCUUCAUCUGGACGGUGGGCAAACUGUUGUUGCUGGGCACGUAAUUUAUGCCAUGUCGAAGAGUAUUCCCUCAACAGCGUACAUGCCUCCUGCAUCCUUGGAUGAGCAGCAAUACGUCAAGAUCGCACCAUCGUUGAAUCUGCUUUCAGGAAUUCCGAACGCACGGUACCAUUUCGCAGUUGGGGAUAUCGCUCGCUGGUCCGGCAUCAAGCGUUGUGGUACCGCAAUGCAUAUGGGCCAAUACGCCGCGCACAACAUUCACCAGUUGAUGCUCCAACAGCUCUAUCAACAUCAGCCAAACUUUAAAGAACUAGAUCCAAUCCCACCAAUGAUGGGCAUAGCUAUCGGCACACAGGCAGUAGCCUACCAUCCAAGCGAAGGCACGACGUUCGGCGAGCAAGUUUUGAAAAGCUCUUUCGGAGAUGAUAUGGGUGACACCAGUAUGUAUCUCUUGUCGCAAACCCUUAAAUGUGCUGACCCCUUUGCCUAG